AUGCCAGACCGUCAUCGCUGCGACACGCCACGGAGCAGCCGACAGCUGCAGCAGCAGGGAACGCACCGUCCGCCGUUCGUGCGCACUCUUCUGCCUGCCGCCCUCGCCGUCGUUGCCUCCUCUUCCUCCUCCGUGGCGGCCGCCGCCGCCGCCGUCUACUUCUUCGGUCGGCGUUCGCUCUGUGGAUCUCGUUUUCACAAAGGUGUCAUUAAUAUCACAUUUGAAAAUCGAAACGAAAAGGAUGGUUGCGUCUUCGCUGGAAAGCAUUACAAUGAGGGUGAGAAAUGGAGAGAUGGAUGCAAAUAUUUCUGUGAGUGUUCCGAUGGAAAGAGAGGAAUAUAUAUUUGUAAAGAAAGGUGUACAAAUUUGGGAGUGAUACCAAGUCACUGUGGUGUAAUAAAUGAUCCUCAUGAUGACUGUUGCCGACAAAUGGUCUGCACAAACAUCACAGAGAUAAUUUCACGUACAACACCAGCGGCUCUAGGGAAGUGUUAUUACAAAGGCCAGUCGUACACUAAAGGUCAGAGUUGGGAAGAUGGCUGCAGUUUGAGAUGUACAUGUGAAGAUGACACUACCGGUUAUUACAGCUGUAUCGACAGGUGUCCCGGUUAUUCAAGUAUCCCUACAACUUGCAAACUAAAACCUGAUCCGAAAGAUCCAAAAUGCUGCAAAAUGCCUGAUUGUCAAUCUUCGAAUAAACUUGUUCCAUUACGAAGUCUCAGAAACGGGUUCGGCAGAUCUCCUCGUCCAAUAAAUUCUCAACAAAAUGUUUGUUUGUUCAAUCACACAACCUACCAUCAAGGUGACAGUUGGAACGUUGGUUGUGAAAUGGAAUGCGACUGUACAAAUGCUAAAAAGCAACAAUUCAAAUGUCAAUCGAGAUGUAACCAAUAUUUCUCCAUUCCUUCCAACUGUCAAAAGGUAUAUGUCAACAACAGCUGUUGUCCACAAGUGCAGUGUACAUCGAAUCCAGUUUGCAAGGAUCUUGGAAGUGUAUGCCAAAGUGCAGGAACCCAGAUAUGUCAAGGAAAAUUCAAAGACUUUGCACUGAUCAAUUGCCGGAAGACUUGUGGAUACUGUGGUGGUGGUGGACCAGUGUCAACAACACUACCCGCUGACUGCCUAGAUAUAGAUCCGCGAUGUGCCGAUUAUACAGGAUUUGAUGUAUGCAGCGCUGUCUUGUUUAAAUUUGCAGUGGUCAACUGUCGAAGAUACUGUCAGUAUUGUGACCAACCAAUACCGUAAAUGACCAAAGGAAACACAGCACCAAAACACCAGAAGCAACCCAAAUAAAAAAAACUAAUUGAUGAUUUAGAAUCUUAAUAAUAAUAAAAUUUAAUUUGAUGCAAAUA